AUGAAUCACGCGCUACAGGUGCUGCUGGUACAUCUAGUGAAAGUCGGUAGGCUACUGUGGUCCAGACGCGUCGUAGCGAUGCCGGACGACAAUACGAUGAAAAUAGUGGUCUUCAACAACCCCACCGGCACCAGGAAGAAGGAGGUUCCAUGUGCAGGAUGGCUCGACCAGGCCGAAAAAAUCCGAUCCCUUUCGGGCGAACCGGACUACAAAUCGGUAAACCUAACGUGGGAGGUCGAAGCGUGGGACAGCAGGGAGCAGGACGAGCUACCACCGAGCCACUAUGGCGGACGCCAGGGCCGCUCGUUCAACGUGUACUACUGCGAGCUGCAAAACUGGGGUCCCCACCGGUGCCGUUCGAAGAUCCUUACCGAUAACUCCGAGGAUAGCGGGAGAAGUAAGCAGUACACGAUGACGGUGAAAAACCUCCGAAUGGCUACCAAGUAUUCGUUCCACGUGAAGCCACAGGUUAAGCGGGGAGAUCAGCGGGCUAGUGGACGUUCGGAGCAUAGUGAGGACGAAGCUGACGCGGUCAGUCCCGGACAGACGGUCAUUAUACCGACCAAAGGAUUUUCGGCUCACGCCACGCAAUGUCUGCCGCACGCAUCGGAGAUCGAAGUCGAAACCGGCCCGUACUUCGGCGGUCGCAUCGGUUCCGAGAAUGGUCAGUGUGGAAUUCAGGGCGAUGCAAACAGCCCACAGGAAGCCUAUGUUUUAAGAAUUGAGCACGAAAAGUGCGGCAGUCGGGUAAGCACGGCGGAUUUGACUGUGGAGACUUACAUCACCGUGCAGGAGAAUCUCGGUAUUUUGACUCACAGCACUCGGAGGUUUGUGGUGGUUUGUACCUUCCAGCCGGAUACGUUGACCGUACGGGCUCGGUUGGCUCUGCCGGGUAAGGGCAAGGGAGGAGCAGCACCCGUUCCGGCUAGCGAAUGGUGGCCAGCUACGGGAAGAAACGGUCGCGUUCGGCAGUUCAAUAUGGUCGAUAAGAGUAGCCUGGUGCUGAAGGGUUCCGAUGAAGAAGAGGUUGAGGACAUCCAGCCAGCGCGGGUGGAUGAAGUUCAGGAGGAAGACCUGAUUAAGUUGAGUAAAGCUAAUGAAAAUCCUACGGAAAAAGAGCCCAAACAGGAAUUUAAUUCCAAAGAGAAUGAAAUUAUCGACAAGAAGUCGAACCGUCGGCGGUCGGACAAGACGGACACCUACCGGGAUGCCAAGUAUGCGAGAUUGUUCGAAAGUAAGGCUUCCACGGCCAUGAGCGAGGAUGCCAGCGCACCAACAGUCGCCGGUCCGGAAAACAGCGGACAGGAACGGUACAGUGCCCGAGCGUCCAACAGUGAGGAGAAUGGUGCGAGCAAUCGAACGAUGGACAUCACCAGCCUGUUGAUAUCGGCCUGUCUGGCGGUGAUAAUGGUAGGCGCCUUUGUGUACGUGCUGCAGAAGGAGUUCAAAAAGCAGCGGAUAAUCCAACAGCACCACCAGCGUCAGCAAACGCAACGACCUCCGAAUCGAAUGGCAGCGUUCUAG